GGGAGGGGAGACGUGUUUCAGAGGAGAGCGAUAGAUUGUUUUUCUUCUGAUCUCUGGUCGAUGGAUUUAUCACUGACAAUACAACAAUAUCUUAGCUAGAAAAUCGAGUGAAGCAUGGGUGACUGGAGCUUUCUAGGGCGGCUGCUGGAGAAUGCUCAAGAACACUCCACUGUGAUUGGAAAGGUUUGGCUGACCGUCCUCUUCAUCUUCCGCAUCUUGGUGCUGGGCGCAGCGGCUGAGGAGGUCUGGGGUGACGAGCAGUCUGACUUUACGUGUAACACGCAGCAGCCCGGUUGCGAGAACGUCUGCUACGACGAGGCCUUCCCCAUCUCCCACAUCCGCUUCUGGGUGCUGCAGAUCAUCUUCGUCUCCACGCCAACCCUCAUCUACCUGGGCCAUGUUCUGCACAUCGUCCGCAUGGAGGAGAAGAGAAGGGAGAGGGAGGAGGAGCUCCGGAAGGCCGGACGGCACCAGGAGGACCACGACCCUCUGUACCACAACGGGGUCGGAGAUGGAGGUGGUGGAGGAGGAGGAAGAGGUGGUGGCAAGAAGGAGAAGCCGCCUAUUCGUGAUGAGCACGGUAAGAUCCGAAUCCGAGGGGCUUUGUUGAGGACCUACAUCUUCAACAUCAUCUUCAAGACUCUGUUUGAGGUGGGCUUCAUCCUGGGACAGUACUUCCUCUAUGGUUUCCACCUGAGGCCGCUCUAUAAGUGUGGCCGCUGGCCCUGCCCCAACACUGUGGACUGCUUCAUCUCCAGGCCCACCGAGAAGACAAUCUUCAUCAUCUUCAUGCUGGUGGUUGCUUGCGUCUCCCUGCUCCUCAACCUGCUGGAGAUCUACCACCUGGGCUGGAAGAAAGUCAAGCAGGGGGUCACCAAUGAGUUCGUACCCGACACUGAGUCGCUGCUGCUGGGCGGAGACGAGCGUGGAGACGCAGAGACGAUUCCUGAGCAGACCUCUCCGUUAGUGCUCGACUGUUUGCCGACGUACGCCAGCAUAAAGGUAGUGGGGGCCGGGGUGUUGGAGGGAGAGGCCUACAGUCCAGCUGAGGCCUCCCCUACAGUGAUGUCAUCACCCGCCCGAUUCAAGAUGGAUGGCUCAGCGUUCCAGCCCGAUGACUUCCUGAUGGAGACCCCGCCCGCUUCUUUUUAUCGCAACGGCGAGAAAGUGAGUGUCGGGAGCAACGGGCAGCUGUCAGCGAUGGAGCAAAACUGGAGCAACAUGGCGCUGGAGCGCCACAAUCUGGAUGGGAAAAACUCCUCCCUCCCGCCUCCUCUCCCCUCUCCUCCCACCUCCGCCUCCUCCACUCCUCAGGAGGAGACAAACCCACCGCUUCCUGAGGGGGAGCAGCACUCCACGUUUCCUACGCUUCCUCGUCACACCCCUCUUUACCCCCAAACGCUGGAGGACGCGCCGCUGGACCAGGAAAGCCCCAUGGUCCCACACGACGACUUCACCGUGGUCACCAGGGCGGAGAUGCAUCAGCCUCCACCGGACAUCCGGAAGCCAAGUCGGGCCAGCAAGAGCGGCGUCCGAGCUCGCCCCGAUGACCUGGCAGUGUAGCUAAAACACACACACACUCGCACAAUUACACGACCACGCAUACAUGCUGUGUACACAUAGAAAAAAACCUACAUAAGCAUUUUCUUCACAUAUGAACAACAGCAGAAAACCACACACGAGCACACCCUCCGGCAGAAGAUGUUCCUGUUAGCGCAUACAGCACGUUUAGCUGGAGUCGGCUGCUUAUUUUAAUCUCAGAAUCAUGAAGGGACGUGGAAGGAGUUUGGCCAGAUUACAGUGAUGGCGCUGCGUUGAUGCCCUCUCUACACACUGAUAACAGUGUAAGACAUCGGCUCAUUGGGGCUCUGCUGAACUCUGGAGUCAGUGGACGCACACACAGGGGAUCAGUUCACCAAGAUUUAGAAGCAUCGUGCUUAUAAUCAACAGAAUAAGAGUUGACACGAAGGGCGAUAGCAAUACUUUGCACACGUAAAUGUAAAUAAUAAUUUAGUUCGUCGGGUGUGUGCAGGGGAAGAAGGAAGUCAAUUCAAGCCUAAAAGAUAAA